UUGCGAAUUGUUAUUCAGUUGAUAUGGCAAGAAGAUACGAUUCAAGAACCACUAUAUUUUCUCCAGAAGGGAGACUUUAUCAGGUUGAGUAUGCAAUGGAAGCUAUUAGUCACGCAGGAGCUGCCGUGGGUGUAUUAUCACAGGAAGGAGUGGUCCUUGCAGCAGAAAAGAAAAUCAUUUCCAAACUACUCGAAACGGCAAAGAGUACUGAAAAAAUGUAUGCAAUAGAUCAACACGUAGCUUGUGCAGUGGCUGGAAUAACAGCAGAUGCUAAUAUUUUGAUAGGUCGUGCAAGAAUCACAGCACAGAGAUACUUCUAUACAUAUCAAGAGCCUAUUCCAGUUGAACAGUUGGUCCAAAGAUUGUGUGACUUGAAACAAGGCUAUACGCAGUUUGGAGGUUUGAGACCUUUUGGAGUGUCCUUUCUUUUUGCUGGUUGGGAUCGCCACCACGGUUUUCAACUUUAUCAGUCCGAUCCAAGUGGUAACUAUGGUGGUUGGAAGGCCACAGCUAUUGGUGCAAAUAGCACAGCUGCACAGUCGAUAUUGAAAACGGACUACCAAGACGACAUCUCUUUAAAAGACGCUUUGAAGUUAACUGUCAAAGUUUUAGGAAAGACAAUGGACAGUGCACAAUUGACUAGCGAGAAACUGGAGUUUGCGACUUUGUCAUUCGUUAAGCCUGAACUUAUCGGUUUUCAUCAGCUUUCAAGCGAAGAGUUGAAUUCUCUGUUGCAGGAAUGUGGCUAUGUUGCCUCAAGUUCGGAAGAGGCGUAAUUUUUUGAUAUAAAAUACGCGUCCAUAAU